AUGUUUGUGUGUUAUGACCGAUUAAGUACAGAUUUGCCUAUAACCAGUGCAUGCGACGUCGCGGGCGGGGCGGGGUCAGUGAACGCUCUGCCGGCGGGCAGCGCUGGCGCACGUUUGGCACCGUCUUUCGACGCAGCCACACCACGCAACGUCACCGCUCUCGUCGGAAAAUCUGCCUACCUCAGCUGCCGGGUUCGAAACCUGGGCAACAGAACGGAAAAGGCACUCGCUACGUACUUUGAAGUGUACUUAUUUAGGGCUCCGGCAUUCUUCGCCGGUGAAGCCGCGGAAUUUACAUUAGCUGUGGCCAAGGGGCUUUAUCAAACAGCUGCUGCCCCUGGAUUAACCUCUCCGUAA